CAGCAGCGUCCGCGGAUCACGUGAUCGCACUUGGUGUCGUCAUCUUCACGCGACGGUCUUCGGCAGACUUCUCCCAUGUGAACGGCUUUUAUGCAAAAGUUAUUCUAAAUCAAAGGUUGGAUGAUGUGGGAAGGUGACGCCGACUGCUGAGAUUGUGAGGAACCUGUUCUCCCCUUCCGUAUCCUUGGCCUCUGCCUUGUCACUCAGCACCCAGACCUGAUGGCCAGCCGCCUCCUGUGUAGAUAUGCCCGUCUUCUCUGCAGAUCCUCCUCUCAGGCUCCUGCUGCUUCUGCUGCGUCCCACCUACCUUCACUCGUAGCUGACCCUGGCGAGGUGCAGCGGGCAAAAGGCUGGCCAUGGGUCACGGAGAGGUUGAUGUGUGACCGAACGAAAGUUGCAGUGCAAGAGUUUCCGUUGCUGCCUCCACACACCGAACUGGAUGACUUGGUGGAAAAGGCAAAAAUGCCUGAGGAUGUCCUGUUGGCCUGGGCAGAGCAUAAAGGAAACGGUCACCAAGCUGCUAAAGCCCUGAUGAAGUGGACUAGGUUGGUGCUAAAGACCCAGGUGAAAUUUAAGGAACAAUCCCAAGAACUGAUGAAGGAUCCAAGGCUACAGAAUAUGAUGAAAACCAUAUCUCAGCAGGUAUCAACGGUGUGGAACAGCACUUUAGUGUCUGUCUUGCAAACUCUCUGGAUUAUGAGGGUUCCCGCGACUGAUGCAGUACUCAAUUCUGUCCAAACAGAGGUACUCUGGAGGAUCCGAAGGCUAUCGCAAAAACAGCUGAGCUACCUGGUAGACUGGGGAACAUAUAGGAAAGACCAGCAGGCCGUAGUGAACAGUGCAUUAAAACAAAUAGAACUCCGCUGGACUGAAAUCGCCGAAGCCAAAACUGUCAGUACGCUGAUAUCUAAAGGAGAAUGCAUGUCCCCUACCUUGAUGGACAAACUUGAAGACAAGGCUCUGGAGCUCGCAGAGAGCUUUUCAACUAACGACAUCCGCAAAGUCUGCGUGUCUUUGGCAUCUCAGGGGCGCAGAAGUGUCCCACUGCUCAGGGCCCUGUCCUACCACCUUCUGCAGAAGCCAUCGUCAGAGCUCACCCCUCCACUGAUACUGGACAUGGCCUUUGCUUACGGCAAAUUGAAUUUCAACCAUUCUCAGGUAUUCCAGCGAAUGGCCGCAGAGUUGUUACCCAGACUCCCUGAGCUCAGCCCAACUGACGUGACACGCUGUGCUAAGUCCCUGGGCUUCCUCAAGUGGCUCCACAUCCCUCUGUUUGAGGGCUUUGCUGAGCACUACAUUUCAAACCAUCAAAAGUAUAGUGUACUCCACCUCUGCAAUCUGGUCAUGACUUUUGCUAGACUGGGCUUCCAGCCCAGGAAAGGAGAAGACUUCUACAGCAAGGUUCACCUCGUGCUGGAAAAGUCUCUCUCGGGCUUGGAACCUUUUUUGCAGACAGAUGUGGUCUGGUCCUUGUGCAUCUUAGAGCAGGCUAAGCCCCAAUAUAUCAUCCCCCUAACGCAACCGAAUCAUAUUACCAAACUAUCAGGUGGCCCCCCCAUUCGAGAGGAGAACUAUAAGCUGAAGCUCUUGCAUAUUGCAGCGACUCUGCACUUGGAGCACCCGGGUUCCUCAGGUGGUCAGUUCCCUCUGGAUCUCCUGUCAGCCAGCAAAUCCACCCUGACUGUCCUGCAGAGCACUCUAAGAGAGGCCUUACAGAGUUUGGUGGGUGAGAAGAUGGAGGCUCUUCGCACUGGUGUUACCACCGUGUAUGGAUGGACUAUUGAGGGUGAGCUGGUAGUGGAUUGUGACAACAAACCGGUUGGCCUGACAAAGCUAGAAGCCCCUCACCUACCAAGCGGAGGGGGGAAUCAGGCUUUACCUGCAGGGGCGCGACGGAUAGCUUUCCUGGCCUGGGAUUUUCCCAACUUUGGCUCGAAGAGUAGAGACCUCCUGGGACGUUUUGUCAUGAUGAAGCGACAUCUACAGUUGGCCGGCUUCAUCGCAGUGGAGGUGCCAUAUUAUGAGUGGCUGGAGCUGCAGACGGAGUGGCAGAAAUUGGCCUACCUGAAAGAUAAAAUGGGGAAGGCCGUGGCUGAGGACAUGGCCAAGUGAGCUGUGCGACGUUUGCAGGCUCAGCUAAAUCGGAGCUUUCCCGAUCACAGAGGACCACGGGGAACGCACACUCAUACACACCUACGUUCACACUCGGAGCGGAGCAGCGUUGCAGAAAAGCAGACAAAAAAAAAAAAACAUAUUUUCAGUCGUUCCCGUGGCAACGUGUGGGGCUUUCCCUGUUUCCAUGGUGAUGAGGAGUAAGAGAUGCCAGAGAGAUGUAAAAAAAAUAAAUAAAUAAACACAACAGCAAGAUCUUCUGUAAAAAUGAUAUAAUCAUGAACUACGUUUUUACUCACGAGGGUAAAAGUGCUGGGUUGUUUUGAAGUGUGCUUAAUGUCAGCAUGUUAAUAUACUGGAGCAAUGUAUUCUCUCUCAAUGUAUGUCAUCUUCUGAAGGAAUAAAUAACUAUGCUGUCAUUUUUA